GGUGCGACGUGGAAAGGCAGAACAGCACUCUGGUCUGCUCUGAUAGUAGAGAUUAACCAGCGACGCUAUGAGAACACACCGUCUCGGUGGGAUCUAACACUGAAAUGAAAUGAACGCAAAGCGGCGAACCGGGUAAUCAUUUGUGUUAGGAAGAAGUCGUCGCCAUGGACGGAGGGCUGACUAUUACAUUUAUAUCUGUGGCAAUGUUUGUAGGUACCUUUUUACUUGGAUUCAUCCCACUGUUGUUCCAACUCUCUGCGAAAAGCCUGCAGUUUGUUUCCAUCCUGGGGGCAGGUCUGCUGUGUGGGACAGCACUGGCCAUCACCAUCCCAGAGGGAGUGGGUUUACUGGAAGACUCAUGGAAAGCAUCCUCAUCCUCCUCUGAUGUACCAUCCGGUCUGAAUUCAAGUAAAGAAAAUGGGGCUCCCACAGAGGGAGGAGUUCCACCUCGGUUCUUCAUUGGGCUGGCGUUAACCUUCGGGUUCACCUUCAUGUUUGUAGUCGAUCAGAUAGGAAACUAUCUUUCCGCACGUGACCAGACGACACUUUUGCCCAACAGCGUCCACUUCACAGCCACGUUGGGACUGGUCAUUCACGCUGCAGCUGAUGGAUUUGCUCUGGGUGCUGCUGUGGCCACGGGUCAAGUGACAGUACAAGUUAUAGUAUUUUUUGCUGUAAUUCUACACAAGGCACCUGCCGCUUUUGGGUUGGUCUCCUUUCUGAUGCACGGAGGCCUCGAGAAGAAGUACAUUCAGGGACACUUAUUGGCUUUCUCAGCUGCAGCACCUGUAGUUGCUAUCGCCACCUACUUCAUAUUAUAUGCAUCUGGCAGUUCAUCUGAGAAUCAGCUCAGUGCAACUGGAGUAGGAAUGCUCUUCUCAGCGGGGACUUUUCUCUAUGUGGCCACAGUGCACGUUCUGCCUGAGGUCAGCAGCAACAGGGCUGGUCAACCAACCUCUGACCCCGAGCAGCCGUCUGGAGCUGAAACCCACCGACAUGGACACUUAGGGCUACUGGAGAGCCUCACUCUCAUCCUCGGUGUGGGACUUCCGAUGGUGCUGGCUCUUGGACUCCAUGAUGACUAGAAGAGAACAUGAGGGCAAAUUUGUUUAGAAGGGUGUGGUGCCACCAGAUAUGAAAGGAAAACUCAGAGCACCUGUACUGUACUGAAUGCCACAGUUUUUGGGAGACAGAACGUGCUCUGGCACAGUCUGCUUUGGUCCUCUUACUACAGUGAAAUUUGGCUUUGAGUCAGGCUAUUGUUUGGUUAUCAAAAAGCUUUCCAGGAGGUGUUAAAGAAUCAGGUAACUAAUAUAUCGUCCUGCAUGGACUGAGCUUCCAUUCUGGAAAAACAAAAACAGGUCUUGUUUAUCGCCACAAUCCUCUGAGGGCGAGCGUUGCUGAUGUAAGUUCCCAGUAACUGGAUAGUUUAACAGGAACAGCCAAGUAAUUUGAUGCUCUCUGGAAAAAAAGGUAUCCAGGCCUUAUUAUUUUGCUUGCAUAGCUAAGAGUUUGAAAAUAUGGCCAUAUUUUUAGUUUAUAAAUGUGCAAUAAUACAGACUAACAAAUUGUUAUUUCAUCCAUUUUUUUUUGUUUUUGGUCACAAUUUAUCCAAGUAAGUUUGUGAUGCAGCUGAUGUUGCGUGAGAGGCGGCCUGGACAGGUUGCUAGUGUAGCUGCUAUUACAGAGGCACGUGCAACUAUUCACGCUCACAUCUACGGCUUCUGUUAAUUUAGAAUCAUCACUUGACUCAACAUUCAUGUUUUUGGAGCGUGGAACAAAGUUGGGGCACUUGGACAAAACUGGAGA